AUGUCGGAAGGUGACAACCAACGCCCAGACACGAUGGCCCAGGAAGCCGACAACAAGGCUGCCACAGACCGGGCUCAUGAUGUCGGGCCUGAUGUCCAAGAAGCUGCGCAGCCCAAACCCAGUCUUUUGAAGAAGAUACAGACAAAAUUGAAUCUUGAUAUUCCCACCCUUUUACUGAUGCUCAAGGGUGGACUGCCUCCAGCCAUUGCACUUGCAGCUUAUCAGAGUGAUGCUUGGGCUAAACAAUACUCGACCUUGGGAUACCUGAUUGCAAUCACGUCUUUUCUGUCUCUUCCAAUCCUGCCGCGGGCAAAGUUUGUCCAGUCCAUGACAAUUUCCAUCGUCACCAUCUGUUUUGCUGCUGCCGUUGCCUUGCUCACGAUACAAUGCGCCGUUGCUGCCCGCCAACGCGCAGCCCAGAAUCCCAAUUCUACGACCACUGGUUCCUCCGGUAGUAAACAAAGUCUGGAAUACAGCACGGCGGCUAAUGUCACGGCCUGUGUUUGGCUGUUCUUUUGGCUAUGGAUCGCGAACACGUUGCGAGCAGCCCGUCCCCAGCUCUUAAUCGUAUCGAUUCAAUUUACCAUCUUCGUGGUUGUCGCUUCCACCUAUACUCCGACAUUUCCGAAUAUGACGGCCGGCAUAGGUUUUGUGGAGCGACUGUUGAAGGUGUUUCUGACUGGGUAUGGUCUGGCAACUGCUGUCUCACUCUUCAUUAUACCAUUCUCUUCGAGGUUGAUUGCCAAAAAGCAAAUUGCUGGCGUGCUCGACUUGAUGAAGGUCUCCCUUUCCAUCCACACCGCCUAUCUGCACGGCAUAACCACCUCUCAAUCUGGCAGUCCUGGUCUUCUAGACGAGGAUGGCAACCCGCUGCCAUUGCAUGAGAACCCCGAGGCGCGAGUGUCCAUGAAGGUUGCUGAAGAAUCGGCUCAAAAGCUGAAAGCAACACUCCAAAAAGCCACUCAACUGUUCGGGCAGCUGAAGCUCGAGAUCGGCUUUGCUAAGAAAGAGAUUGGAUGGGGCAAGUUACAACCAGAAGACUUCGGCCGAAUUUGGGAACGGUUGCAGAACAUCCUCCUUCCUGUUGCAGGACUGUCAACCUUUGUGGACAUUCUCCAAUCUGUGAAACGCCACAAAGCUGAAGGGGAAAAUUUAAUUCCUGACUUGGAUGCCAUCGAGGCGAUCAGGCGACUGGAGGCGGAAGAAUGGCAUGAAGUCGUUGUCAUGUCUCGUAUUCCAUUCUGGAAAAUGAAGACUACUUUGGUCGACGGGCUGACACAUGUUGCCUAUGUGUUGGAACUCACGCCUCGGCCAAAGACCCCCACGAAAGACGUCGAGACCACCGCGGGAUCAUCUCCAGGUCCAGGACACCCGGCAUUUGCCCAGUAUCUGAUGGACCAGAUGGCCAUUUUCCAAGAGCACCGGCGAGAGACCAUGCGAAAGUGGUGCGAGAAAAAAGGUAUAGAAGUACCCUCGAAAUUUUGGGAAGACACAUCCUCUCAAUACAAUUUCGAGGACGUAGGUUCUCUCCAGGAGGCUGUUCGACAAAGGCAGAACCACCAGCAACUCUAUCUGAUCCUUUAUCUCGAGUAUCUACUCUUCGCGGUUUGUCACGCGGUGUUGGACUUUGUCCUCUUCGCAGACUCGAAGGUGGAAGACGGCACCAUGAGAAAGAACAAGCUGAUCUUUCCCGGGUGGCGACGGAUUCGCAAGUUACUGCAAAGCGCAUUCACACAGACGGACGCCAGUGAAGGCCUUCAAGAUGGACCGGCAUCAGGUAUUUACAUAUGGGUGGGAGACUCUCUUCAGAAACACAAAGACCCAGAACAUCUACCGCCAACGAACGUGUACCAGCGCAUGACCGACCACCUUAGGUCUGUCCCGAAGUUUCUGGCUUCGGAUGCUUCGCAUUUCGGUUUCCGGGCAGCAACUGCGAGCAUCAGCCUAGCCAUCAUUGGAUAUCUGCGCCAAACCCAUGCAUUCUAUCUGGCUCAACGUGGAAUCUGGGCCGUCAUCAUGGUCGCUAUCAGCAUGGGCGCACAUGCCGGAGCCGGUGUCCAAGGAUUCAUCUUGCGUAUCGUAGGGACUGCUAUUUCGAUGGUCAUCUCGAUCACUGUGUGGUAUAUGGGCGACCAGAAACCGGCAGCUGUCAUUCCGCUGAUCUACUUGGUGUUUGUGUGCGGCAUUUACGUGAUAUUAAAACACCCCAAACAGCUCAUCACGGCCGUCAUUUCGAUUGUCACUACGAUUUUGAUUAUUGGCUACGAACUUCAAGACAAAAAAGUCGGCACGAAGGUCCUCAGCAGUAAUGGACAGGCCUUCUACCACGUUUACUUGCUCGCCCCCUACCGUCUGGUCAGCGUCGUGGCAGGCCUAGGUGUCGCUUUCUUCUGGACAUACUUCCCAUAUCCCAUUACCACGCACGCAACGCUCCGCAAAGAUCUUGGCUCUACCCUGUACCUGAUGGCCAACUACUACUCCUGCAUGCACUCCACCGUCGAGAUCCGCCUCCGCACAAACGCCGACCUCGCAAUUGAUAAGAAAAACGACCCCAUGCGCAAGCUAUCCAAGGCGCGGCGCAGGGUGUUUGAUAAACUGAUCGUCAUGUUGAACCGGCUGCGCGAACACAGCCAGUUCCUCAAGUACGAGCCGACGUUUGGCGGGAAGUUCCCCAAGGAGACCUACGACGAAUUGAUCGUGCACAUGCAGUCCCUGUUCAACUACAUGGCGCUCACGGCGUACUCGAGCAACGCGUUCUCCAGCGAGAACGAGGAAUCCGAGUGGCUGAAGCUAUUCAAGCGCAUCACCGCGAACUCGACAAUCACCUCGCACGCGCUGACCUCGACCCUGUGCCUCGUCUCGGCCAGCAUCACUAACUCCCAGCCCCUGCCGCCGUACCUCUCCGUCGCGCGCCCGAUCGACAUCGCCGGCCAACUCGCCGCCAUCGACCCAGGCAUUCUCAGCGUCAAACACAUCAAGGAGCCGUGCUACGCGGCUUUCGCCGUCAUGGAGAUUGCGAGCAUCCUCAUCAUGCAGGAGAUGGUCGCCGUGCUGGCCAAGGUCCGCGAACUCGUUGGGGAGGUCGACUUCUCAGUGCAUUUUGGCACGCCUGGCACGAGUGUCCAGAGUCAGUCAACGUUAGACGAGAAGAAGGACUUGGCCAACGGUGGUGACGACUCCGGUAGAAAGGGCAAGGUUGAUUAA